CAUUACUAAUCAAGGCAAACUGAUAACAAUUGUAUGUUUGGUAUAUAAAGGGACGAAUCCUUCUAGUGUUGAGAGUACUACUACCCUCUAGAAAAUGUCAGAAUACAAUCUUUCUCUUCAAAACAAAGUAGCAAUCGUUACAGGAGCUUCACGAGGAAUUGGAGCAGCAAUAGCUGAAAAUUUGGCACGCCGCGGUGCUAAAGUAGCCAUCACCUUUACCUCCAACAGUAGCAUUGAUGCGACUGAACAGUUGGUGAAAAAAAUAAAGGGUUUUGGCACCUCAGCAGAUGCGAUCAAAAUUCAGGCGGACUUGCGUGAUGUUUCAAGUGUUAAACACGUUGUUGAUGCCACACGUAAAGCCUUUGGUUCCACGAUCCAUAUACUUGUCAACAAUGCAGGAUACUUAGACGAACCAAAACCUUUAGGAACGACAACAAUGGAACAAUAUAACAAUAUCUUUGAUUUGAAUGUCCGUGCAGUCUUUGUCAUGACAGAAGCCGUCGCGCCUUAUCUUCCCAAAAGUGGGGGUAGAAUCAUUAAUAUUGGAAGUAUUGCUGGAAGAAAAGCAUUUCCUCAGUUUCCCCUAUAUUGUGGAAGCAAGGCUGCUGUUGAAGGCUUCACAAGAUGUUGGGCUGCUGAGUUAGGCCCUCAAGGCCAUACGGUAAAUCAAGUCAAUCCAGGACCUGUUGAGACGGAUAUGAUAAGGGCAAUGCCUACCGAAAUUACGCAGCUUCAAACAAAAAGCACUCCUUUUGAAAAUCGCUUUGGACAGCCUCAAGAAAUAGCAGCGAUAGUUGGGUUCCUUGCUGAGGAUAGUGGUCGGUGGAUUACUGGGCAAGUGAUUUCAGCUUCUGGUGGAAUGGAAAUGUAUUAAAUUUAGAUAUAAGCAAAGAAAGGAAAAAUAUAAAAUCAUAACAAACAAUUCAGUUUGUUCCUUUUUUAUAUUUAAUAUUACUAUCAUUCCCAUGAUCAUUUGCAGCUGGAAACGACUUAUCUUAUAACUGCUUUCCUUAUAUUUUUUAGGUAAAAACCCAUUUAAUGGAAGUCAUCUCUGGAAGCUUAUGCUACAAUGGGGCACAAUGGCUGUUAAUCAAUACCUAAAAACAGGAAGCUUUGCCGCGAAUUUAGUGAUAUUUCUGCAAGUGGUAAUUUUCUUUAUAAAGUUAAGACUCGUUUGUUUAUAAAUAGAGAACAAAAUACGUAAGCUCUUACAAGUUAAUGGUUUUAAGAGAAUAAAAGCUCUUGUAAGGUGAUCGUGACUAGUACGGCAAAAACUUUGGGUUGGGAAGAUUUCGUUUUCAAAGUGUACAAUGUACAAACUUGUAAGCUUGGAGAAUAUAAGAUCAAAAAAAUAAAUAAAUGAAAAGGUUAGUAAGCG